AAUUGGCAUAACCCACAAAAUUAGCAUCAUUAUAUUGCUGUCAUAUUGAGAACGGUAGGAGUUAACAAAGUCGCGUUAGAUUUGAUGAAACUAGCGGAGAACAAGGAAGAAGCAGCUAUUCCAGACUCAAUUCCUGCACACCAGCAAUGCAAUACAAAACGAGGCGGAUUCAGGGCGGCCUCAUUUGUUUUUGUCUUGACAGGGCUGGAGAACAUGGGGUUUGUAGCGAAUAUGGCAAGUUUGGUAAUCUAUUUAAUGGCGGUCAUGUUCUUUGAUCUCUCCGGGGCUGCGACCACCCUAACAAACUUUAUGGGUUCGACGUUUUUACUCGCACUCUUAGGUGGAUUCAUCUCCGACACUUACUUGACUAGAUUUUCUACUUGUCUUCUCUUUGGUUUAAUUGAAUUACUGGGGUUGAUGGUGAUGACGUUCCAAGCACAUUACCAUAAGCUGCAGCCAAAGCCAUGUCUAGAUCCUCCGUGCAUCAAAGGAAAUUCAUCUCUAAUGUUCUACGCAUCGCUAUGCUUGUAUGUGUUAGGUGCCGGUGGAGUGAGAGGUGCACUUCCUGCACUAGGCGGCGAUCAAUUUGAUCCGAACGAUCCAAAAAAAAAGAAAUCAUUAGCCACUUAUUUUAACUGGCUCAUACUUAGUGUCACAGUUGGUGCAAGUUUUGGGGUCACAUUUAUAGUCGAUGUUAGCACCAAAAAGAGUUGGGCCUUGGGUUUCUUGCUCUGCUUGGUCACAGCUUUAGCAGGAUUCAUUGUUGUCGCGGCCGGGAAGCCUUUCUACCGCAUUCAGAAAUUUGGAGACAGCCCCAUCAUCAGGAUUGCUCAGGUUAUAGUUAUUGCAAUUCGAAACCGAAGUUUGCCGCUCACUAGCGAUGCUAAUGAACUUCACGAAAUCAACAACAAAGAAACCGCUUUCAGCGAUGAAAAAAUUCCGCAUACAAACCAGUUUAGAUGUUUAGACAAAGCUGCAAUUUCACCAAAAGAUUCAGAUAUAAUCUCAAAUCCAUGGAGGGUCUGCACAGUUACACAAGUAGAAGAAGUUAAGAUCUUAGCAAGAAUGUUCCGUAUUCUAGCCAGUACUAUCAUAAUGAACACAUGUUUGGCUCAGUUGCAAACAAUUUCAGUACAGCAAGGUAUAAUUAUGGAUCUUCAUCUCGGUUCUUUCGUAGUGCCUGCACUAUCAAUCCCAGUAAUCCCAUUAGUUUUCAUGUCAAUUCUCAUACCACUUUACGAGUUCAUUUUCGUACCAUUUGCUCGAAAAAUCACUAAACACCCGUCUGGUAUAACUCAACUUCAACGGGUGGGAGUUGGACUAGUUCUUGCAGCUGUUUCCAUGGCUGUCGCCGCGGUAAUAGAAGUAAAGAGAAGAAACCAAGCUAUCCAUAACCCACUGAAACCGAUUAGUCUCUUUUGGCUUUCAUUUCAGUAUGGAAUUUUCGGUAUCGCGGACAUGUUUACAUUAGUUGGUUUAUUGGAGUUUUUCUACAAGGAAGCUCCUUCUGGUAUGCGAUCACUGUCCACUUCGUUUACGUGGUUAUCGCUUUCCAUUGGGUAUUUUCUUAGUAGUGUUCUUGUUGAGAUUAUAAACGCUGUGACUAAACACUUUACUAAAAGGAAAGAAGGAUGGUUGUUCGGGCUUGAUUUAAAUAAGUGUAAUGCAGACCUGUUUUAUUGGUUCUUGGCUAUCUUAAGUUGUCUUAAUUUCGCAAGCUAUCUUUACUGGUCCUCGUGGUACAAGUACAAAACAAUUGAUGAUUCUGUUGCUGAUGCUGACACAACUUUGCCGGAACCCAAAGUUGUCGAGGAUUCGAAAAAUGAGUCGUCAGAACAUAACAAGGAAAAGCUUAAUGCUGUUUCUGAGGAUUUUGAAGCUAAGAAAACAAAUGCUGUUACUUCUAGUUCUAACACCGAGAGUACUGUCAAGGACAAUGAAGAUAAACACGACGAAUAGUUGAAGAAAAUGUUAUGCCUCCAGAAAAUUAUCUGUAUCAGUAUGAAUUUUACAUCUUAGCUACGCUCAAUUCUUUUGCAUUCUUGAAGAAUUGCGAGGCAUUAUUGAAGACACUGGUAUUCUGUUAAAACACUAGUAUUUUACAUCUUAUCUGUAUCAGUCUGAUAUCCCAUUGGAACUGCGAGGCAUUAUUGAAGACACUAGUAUUCUGUUAAAACAAUUUGAUAGUUAUUCUU